UCUGCUUUCAAGGGUAUUUGGACCAUUAUUCGAAAGAUGGCGGACUCGAGGCCGGAUUCUCAGCGUCCAAAGGUUAUUAUUGACUGUGAUGUUGGUAUAGACGACGCGCAAGCCAUUUUUAUUGCCCUGUCACAAAAUGUCGACGUCGUAGCUAUUACGUGUGUAGCGGGAAAUGUUGAAAUAGGCAAGGUGUCCAGAAACUGUCUACGAGUUCUCGACGUUUGUGGACGAACUGAUAUUCCUGUCUACAAGGGCGCUACAAAAGGCCUGCUAGGCCACACAUUUGAUUUGCCUGGCUACCAUGGGGUGGAUGGUCUAGGAGAUGCUACUGAUGCCAAGGAACCUGACUUGACACUUCUUCAGAAGGGCCAUGCUGUGUCUGCGAUGCUUGACAUUGUGAGAAAACUCCCUGGUGAAGUCACCAUAAUAGCUCUUGCCCCCCUGACAAACCUUGCCUUAGCUUGUAGAAUGGAUCCAGAGUUCAGUAGGAACCUUAAAGCAAUAUACAUGAUGGGAGGUAACCAUCACGGCGUCGGAAACCACUUCAUUUCAGCCGAGUUCAAUUUUGGUGUUGACCCUGAAGCAGCCUUUGUUGUCCUAAAUGAAUUCAAGUGUCCAAUGACAAUAAUCACAUGGGAGUUUUGCCAGGAGAAUCCAGUCGGUUGGGAAUUUUUCAAUCAUUACAUUGAUCUGCCAACCAAGAAGUCUCAAUUUAUCAAGAGUAUAAGUGGAAAGGUGAAAGAAUUUGAGAAGGGUGGUCCCUGGUUGACGUGUGACCCAUUUGCAGUGGCUGUAGCAGUCUGUCCUAACAUCGUUAAGAAGGCGAAGAUGGUGCAUGCAACUAUUGAGUUGGAAGGCAAGGUGACAAGAGGGCAGAUGGUAGUGGAUUGGCGUGGUGUCCUCAAAAAGGACUGCAAUGUGAGGCUCGUUGAGGAGGUUGAUCUUGAAAUGUUUAAGGCGCUACUCAUAGAGUCUGUCCAGUACUGAAAAUAAUGAACUCCUAUGCAUUUUUUUUUUCAUAACCGGUCAUUUUGUAUCUAUUCAAAAAAUUGCUAAGAUAUUAAUUUUCUCUAAAAUGCUUCAUAUUUAUAGUAAAUCAAAAAUCUGUUCAGCUAUUUUAUGAAAUAUGUUUUAUUACAAAGUAUAAAGUCAAUAAUACAAUACAUUUCCAAAGCA